UCCUGGUGUAAACCGGGACAUUUUAGCGUCCCGACAGGCUUUUGUCGGGACUCGGGACAAGCAAUUAAAAGCUGGGACUGUCUGGUGGUCACCCUACCUACUGAACAGCUCACGAGAAAUGAAACUUAGCCUUUGUUGCUUUAUUGCACUUAGUACCACCUAACAACAGCUCCUGGUUAUAUAAUGUGUACUUUGUGAUUAUAAUCAGUCUAUUUGCAUCUUGUGUUUGACACCCUUUAUCAGGUGAGCACUUUCGUUUCUGAGACAUAAGCACACUUAGAUUUCAGUCUCCGGCAGCAUAAAUAGGCUGCAGGUCGCCACUACUCUUACUGAUAGAUGAAGAACUGAAGACAUGGCUCCAACAAGGAUUGAGGCAGAGCCCGGAGACCUGAUCGAGAUCUCCCGUGGGAUGUAUCAGCACUGGGCCAUCUACAUCGGUGGAGAGGAAGUUGUUAAUUUCAGUCUUCCAAAAGAUGAUAUUGCCUGGAAAAGCCCCCACGGACAGGUAAAGCGUGAGAACAUCUGGGAAGUGGUCGGCAAGGAUAAAUUCAAGGUCAACAACCUCCUAGAUAACAAGUACCAGCCUCGUGAGCGUGACAUCAUCGUGAAGGAGGCCUGUAGCAUGGUGGGUCUGGAGAUGCCGUACCAUCUCAUCUCUUGCAACUGCGAGCACUUUGUCACAUAUGUACGCUACGGCAUUGCAGAGUCAACACAGGUUGCCACAGCAGCUAAGACUGCAGAUAGACUUCUAGGUGUAGGGAUUUCAUUUCUGGAUGCUCUGAAAACUUUCUUCCAUAAAGAUGAAAACAAAGAAGAAAGGAGAUAACCAAGGAGAGAACCAAGGAGACAUUACAAUUGGCAGUAAUGAGACAGCAAGAUGGAAGGAAAGAUCCUGCUAUUGUUUGAUUGUUUUGAUUUGUCAA